AUGGGCUGGACGAAUGUUGCCGACGAUUUCUUCACAGUAGAACAUACAAUGUUGGAUCAAACGUUGCCCGACCAUCUACCGAAAAUUGUUUCCCUUCGAAUUCUAUUUACACGCUAUCUCGAUUUCAAUGCUGUGCCUCGUCGCUCUUUUUUCCAACUCCUGCGAUAUUUCGCUACCGAUGAGCUCGAACGCGAAAAACUUGAUGAAUUUGUAUCGAUAGAAGGAGCGGACGAAAUGUAUGAUUAUUGUCAACGCGUGAAACGUACGACCUGGGAAGUAUUGUCCGAGUUCCGGUCCGCAAGGAUACCAAGAGAGUAUGUCUUUGACUUGUUCCCUCCACUGAGACCGAGAGAGUUCUCAAUUGCUAGUUCCGUCGAGUUCCAUCCCCGUGAAAUCCAUCUCUGUGUUGCUAUAGUACGCUAUCGCACAAAGUUGAAAAUGCAUCGGAAAGGCGUCUGCACUAGUUAUCUAUCAGGGCUCAAAUUAGGAGAUACCCUUCGUAUCGGUCUCAGAAAGGGCUUCAUUUCACUUCCUACGGAUCCAAACACACCAGUGGUGUGUGUGGGUCCAGGGACAGGCAUCGCACCUAUGCGUGCCGUCAUUGAACAACGCAUACACGAGGGACACACUAAUACUACCUUAUACUUCGGUUGCCGUUCUGCACACAAGGAUCAGCAUUAUCACGCGGAAUGGGAAUCUCAUGCGGAAGAACGAAAACUGCGGUACCGCGUUGCGUGUUCUCGUGAUGGACCAGAGGGCGUCAAACGGACGUAUGUGCAAGAUCUGAUGAAAGAGGAUGCACAGUAUAUUUGGACAAUGCUGGGGCAGCAACGAGGCAUCCUUAUCAUUUCAGGUUCUUCGAACAAAAUGCCUACUGCCGUCCGUGAAGCUGUGCGAGGUGCAGUAGAGAGGUUCGGAGGAAGGUCGAAUGCUGAGGCUGUGGAGUAUGUUGCUGCGAUGGAGAGGGAGGGAAGGUUAAUUGAGGAAUGUUGGAGCUGA